AUGUCAGCACCCCAGGGCCCCCGCCGCAUCGCCCAAUGGCUCUACCUCAAACCCGAGUCCAUCGACGAAUACAAAAAGUGUCAUGCGGCUGUUUGGCCCGAAGUCUUGGAACAGAUUAAGGAUUCGAAUAUACGGGAUUAUUCCAUCUUCCUGACCAUGUCACCGCGGCCCACACUCUUCGCAUCGUUCAAAUACAUUGGCCAUGCAUUUGACGAGGACAUGGCGCGUAUGGCGGCGAACCCCAAGGUACAGGAGUGGUGGCGCAUGACGGAUAGGAUGCAAGAGUCGCCUGUGGAGGGGGCGCAGGGGAGCGCAAAGGGGCCCGGGUGGUGGGGACAGAUGGAAGAGGUGUUUUAUGUGGAGUGA